AUGCCUUCAAUGCCAAAAGGUAUCCUCAAGACCGGUCAGACGGAGAAGAUUGACCUGAAGAAUGAAGCCCUCUUCAACACCAAGGGCUACAUCGAUGGUUCGUGGGUAUCUGCCAAGUCGGGAAAGACUUUUGAAGUCUUCAACAAGGCCACGCACGCCAAGUUGGCCGAUGUGCCUGACAUGGGCAAAGAGGACACUGCAGCUGCCAUCCAAGCCGCAGCUGCAGCUUUUCCCGAUUGGAGCUCCAAGACGGCCAAGGAGCGCUCGCAGCUGCUGACCAAGCUCUUCUUGGCGCUAGAGGAGAACGCUUUGGACUUGGCUCACAUCAUCGUGGCUGAGAACGGCAAGUCCCUCACGGAAGCCAAAGGGGAGAUCGGCUACUCCAACAGCUUCAUCGACUGGUUCGCCGGAGAGGCUCAGCGCGCUUAUGGUCACACUGUCGCCCCUACGUUACCCGGUGUCCGCCAGAACAUCAUCCUGCGCAAGCCUGUAGGCGUCGUUGGCCUGAUCACGCCUUGGAAUUUUCCCGCCGCAAUGGUCACUCGCAAACUUGGUCCCGCGCUUGCAGCAGGCUGUACCAUGGUCAUCAAAGCACCAGCCGAGACGCCCUUCUCUUCGCUAGCUUUUGGCCACCUGUGCGAGAAGGUCGGCAUUCCCAAGGGUGUGGUCAACAUUGUGACUUGCGCCAAGGGAGAGACGGAGGCUGCGGUCGGCAAGGAGCUUUGCGAGAACGACAUCGUCCGCAAGCUCAGCUUCACCGGGUCCACCCGCGUCGGCAAGCUGCUCAUGAAACAAAGCGCCGACUCUCUCAAGAAGCUGAGCAUGGAACUCGGUGGCAAUGCUCCUUUCAUCGUCUUUGAUGACGCAGAUCUAGACAAGGCUGUCGCUGGGGCAAUGGCUUGCAAGUUUCGUGGCUCUGGACAGACCUGCAUCUGCGCUAAUCGCAUCUAUGUUCACGAGUCUGUAUACUCCGAGUUUGCCAAGCGAUUCGCUGCCAAGGUUGAUGAGCUCAAGUUUGGCUACGGCAUGGACGAGGGCGUGACGCACGGUCCCCUUGUGAAUCAAGCUGGGGUGGACAAGGUGCAGCAGCACGUCGACAAGAGCGUUGGCGCUGGUGCCAAAGUGCUGGUCGGCGGCAAAAAGGGAGAGGGAUUCUUCUUCGAAGCUACUGUGCUGACCGACAUGCCCGAAAACUGCCCUAUGGAUACCGAGGAGACCUUUGGACCACUCGCCGCUUUGUACAAAUUCACUAGCGAAGAAGAUGUCAUCAGGAAGUGCAACAACGUUCCCGUUGGUCUGGCAGGCUACUUCUACAGCCAAGACGUUUCUCGCUGCUGGCGUGUCGCGGACGCUCUUCAGACCGGGAUGGUAGGCAUCAAUUGCCCUCUCAUCUCUCAAGCCGUCGUGCCUUUUGGAGGCAUCAAGCACAGUGGCUUUGGUGUUGAAGGAGGAAAGGAUGGUAUCAACGAGUACUUGGUCAACAAGCUCACCGUCUGGGGCGCCUAG